UACUCUCUUUCCAUAACACCUCAGUGCCGUUCCUAAUUCUCCAUAUGUACUUGUACCGCUCACCACUGGAUGUAUUUGAAGGUGCUACGUUAUAAUCGCACUGUAUUUAACAAGGAAGCCCAGCCUGCCAGCCGGUCCUACCUUAGCCUUUAGGUAGGUGUAGGUACCUGGUUAGCACUAGUUAACCUAUGUACAACUUGAACAAUCGAAUCUCCAUCCGCCAUCUACACUAUUACAUACCAUCCUACCUGGACCUACCAUCCAUCCUAUCAUCCACUUACCACAAACCACAUACUGGUACCUGCCACUCGUCAACCCGCCAUUAUUCUUGCAAGUCUCGAGCUAGAUCCGUAAGGUUAGAAUUGUAUUCUUUACCUUCUUCCUUCCUUAACAUAAUCCUACCAUACAUACUUGCAGCAGCAGCAGCAGCAGCAGCAGCAGCUAUUCCUUAUUCCUCCCUUCUAUUCCUCCUUUCUGCUCUGCUCCUCAUUUUCUACUCCCAUCUACAUAAUAUCUACCUGGGUAGCUAUUCUCAUUUCAUUUCCUUGUAUGUGUGUACCUCUAUAUGCAUCUCUGGAUAGUUCCUACAUACCUAGUUAGUCUUUUGAAUGUCUGCAAGGAGAAAGGAGACAAGCGCUGCAUCUACAUAAGAGGAGCGAUAUAGUCUUGUCCUGUCCUGUCUU